CCAAAAGAAGCAAGAGGAAUUAAGCGAAGCUUCUUUUCCUUCUCCCUCUUUCCUUUCAAUUUCAAAAACGCUGUCCGCCCGAUCGAACUCACCAAAGAAUUAAAAAAAAUUCUCCUUUUCUCGUUGUUCGAAUUCUCUCCCGACCCUUCGGUUCCUUCGUCUUUAUUCAAAGCGGAAUCAAGAGAAAAAGGAGUUAAAUUUGAAGAGAGAUCGAAGCUUUUUAAGUGUCCUGUGGAUUCUAGUUUUGUUUAUUUUUUUAAAGACUGCGACCUAGGGUUUCUUCUCCAGCUGCAACUUCUCGUAUUUUUUUCAUUCCAAUCCGUUUUUGCUUCGAGUUUGCUCGACUCUUCUGGCGCUUCUGAUCGAGCUUUAGAAGUUUGGCACCGAUGACGAGGGUGACGCGCGAUUUUGGAGACUCAAUGCAGAAGGAGGCAAUUCAUUUGGUAUCAUCCGAUGUAAACUUUGUCUCGGGACGGUUUCCGGAUUAUCAAAUAGGAGCCAACAACAUAAUUAUUGAGCCAGAGGAUAAUCCUCGUGUUCCCUCCCUCAAAGAGAUUGUUGCAAAGGAGACAGCCCAGCUGCUGGAGCAGCAGAAACGUCUCUCCGUCCGUGACCUUGCGGAUAAAUUUGAGAAGGGUCUGUCUGCUGCUGUCAAAUUGUCAGAUGAGUCAAAGUGGAGAGAAGUGGCUUCCUUGGAUAGACAUGUCCUUUUGAAGAAACUCAGGGAUGUACUGGAUCAACUGAGAGGCCGAGUGGCAGGUCGGAAUAAGGAUGAUGCUGAUGAGGCCAUUUCUAUGGUGGAAGCUUUAGCAGUUCAACUGACUCAAAGAGAAGGAGAGUUGUUUCAUGAGAAAGCAGAAGUGAAAAAAUUAGCUACUUUUCUCAAACAGGCUAUUGAGGAUGCAAAAAAAGUGAUUGAAGAAGAAAGGGCUUUUGCUCAUGCAGAAAUUGAAAGGGCAAGAACAGCAGUACAGAGAGUUGAAGAGGCCCUUCAGGAGCAAGAACAAAUGUCCAGAAGUGUGGAGAAGCAGGAGUUGGAAGAAUUAAAGAAAGAGAUUCGAGAGGCCAGAAGAAUCAAAAUGCUGCAUCAACCAAGCAGGGUAAUGGACAUGGAACAUGAACUUCAAGGACUGCGAAUGCAGAUUGCAGAGAAGUCGGUGCAUUGCAUUCAGCUUAAGAAAGAGCUUGCGGUGAUGAAAAAGCUUGAGGAGAACAAGUCAAAUUUGUAUGAGCUUGAGGGUUCUGAAAGUCUAGGGUCAUGUUUACGUAUUGUUGCUCGAACAGGUCCUGCUCCAGACAUCUCUAAUUGCUUUAUUCAGUGGUACCGAACUGAGGGAAGCAAGAAGGAAUUGAUUUCAGGGGCAACAAAGACAUUGUAUGCUCCAGAACCUUUUGAUGUGGGACGAUUUUUGCAAGUGGAGAUUGUUUUAAAUGAUGAAAGGUUCAUGGCGACGACAACCAGUCUGAUAGAACCUGCUGCAGGAUUGGGAAGCUAUGUGGAGGCACUUGCAAGGAGGCCAGAAACUGAGUUUAAUGUGGUUGUCACCCAAAUGAAUGGUCAUGACUCUCUCUCACGGUCUAUUCAUGUGUUUCAUGUGGGAAAGAUGAGGAUAAAACUUCGUAAGGGGUGGAGUACCAAAGCAAAAGAAUCGUAUUGUGCUUCAAUGCAGCUUUGUGGGGUUAGAGGUGGUGGAAAUGCUGCAGCUCAGUCAAUCUUUUGGCAAGCUAAGAAAGGUCUCUCCUUUAUAUUAGCUUUUGAAUCAGAGAGAGAGAGGAAUGCAGCAAUCAUGCUUGCUCGAAGAUUUGCUUUUGACUGUAAUAUCAUUCUUGCUGGACCUUAUGAUCGGCCUCCCACCGAGACCUCACAAAACUGAUGACUUCUUUAUGAUUGCAAGUAUGAUGAGGUUGUGCAGAUGUGUAUUGCUAUGAUUGUUAUAGGUGAAAGCUGAUAGACUGAUUGUAACUGAGGCUUCCGUUGUUUUGAUUGUGCUCAGCACCGAGGCAUCCUUUUAUUUGCCUUAGCAUCAAAUUGUAACCAUUUAUUUAAAGCUAUUGUAUAAGCGGCCUCCAUUCUGAUGUGUCCAAUACCAAAGCAUCCUCUAUUUUCUCUCUUCAUUCAGGCCGCAUUCUGGACAGAGGACAAGCAUAUUCCUGUCUUACAUGUUACAGUAGUUUUCCUUUUCCCUCAUUAUAAAGAUGCCUCUCAUUUCGAAAGGCAAGUGAAGCACUA